AUGAUUCCAAAAGUUCUAGUUGUUGGUUCCGGAGGGGUUGGAAGUAUUGCCGCUCUCUCUUUGACUAUAAACGGAAAGUCAGAGACAACGCUUGUGGUGAGAUCUGACUACGAUAAAGUAAUUAAAGACGGAUACACGGUACACUCGGUCACGUACGGAAAUUUAGAACAUUGGAGACCUAAAAAUGUUGCUAGGUCAGUUGAGGAUGCGGCAAGAGAUUUUGGGCCCUUUGAUUAUGUUGUGGUAACAACGAAGAAUAUACCCGAUGGGAGUAUGACAUGCGAGGACAUUAUCAGACCUGCCAUUUCCUCGUCGACCACUAUUGUUUUAAUUCAGAAUGGUAUUGGUAUCGAAAUUCCGAUGAUCGAGCAAUUUCCAGGCAGUGUUGUACUCUCGGGUAUCUCUUUGAUCGGCUCAUCGAACAUUGAUUGCGUUAUAGAAAAUCUGCACAAGGAUCAUAUCUUGUUGAGUCCAUUUAAUAAUCCAAAUGUGCCAAAAGAAGUCGCAGAUGAAAAGCUCAAGGAAUUUGCCGCAAUCUACCAGAAUGAUGACAAGAGUGUCAAUGAGAUUGAUUUAGAGGAAGAUUCUCGCAGAUCAAGAUGGGCUAAACUUGUAUAUAAUGCAGUGAUGAACACGACUUGUGCUAUCACUGGGAUUGACGUCAAUAGGUGUCAAAUCAAUGGGGCUAACAAGGCGCUAUUCGAGCCAGCAAUGAACGAAGUGUUGGCAAUUGCUGCAAGUGAUGGAGUUCAGUUGGGUGAUGACUCAAAGCAGAAGUUCCUUCAUAUUGGCGAUGGAUUAUUUUACUCUCCUUCGAUGCUCAUUGACGUUCAAAAAAACCAAUUGGUGGAGCUUGAGAUCAUCUUGGGCAAUCCUUUAAAAAUUGCACGUAAAAACGGUAUUGAAACCCCCGUUUUAUCUGUGAUGUAUCAAUUGUUGAAAAUGAAGCAGUUCAAAAUCAGGGAGGAUAAAGGUUUGGUACAGGUAGAUGAAACAAAGUUUAGAGGAAAGAACAGUGAUGAGUAUCCAGAGAUUUUUGCUGCUACAAACCACAGAAAUUGA